AUGACGACGUAUAUACCCUCCCUCACCCUCCCAGACAUUGUCUUCAAGCAUCCUGCCGCCGCCGUCCUCCUGCCCAUCGCUGCCGGUACAGCAAUCGGCUUCUCGACACGACCAAAAGAAACGCAACAGACAUAUCUCGCGCUCCGACAGCCCCCUCUAAGACCGCCGCCGCAAGUGUUCGGGCCAGUAUGGACGGCGCUAUACGGCGCGAUGGGCUAUGCGGCAUACAGAGCGUAUACUACAGGACUGCAUAGCGUAGACGGAAGCAAGUUGGCUUUGGCGCAGCACGGCGCAACCCUCUACACCCUCCAACUCGGCCUCAACCUCAUCUGGAUGCCGCUCUUCUUCACCUUCAAACGGCCCAUCGAAGCGACCGUCGACAUCGUCGCGCUCACAGGCAUCGUCGGGUACAUGACGUACAUCUGGGGACAGGUGGAUGAAGUGGCAGGGUAUGCUUUGGUGCCGUAUCUGGGCUGGCUGGGGUUCGCGACGUAUUUGAGCGCGGGGACGGGGUAUUUGAAUGGCUGGGACUUUGGGGGGAAGGAGAGGGGGAUAGGGGGUGGAGGGGAUACAAAGUUUACGAAUGAGAAGCCUUGA